CCUGCAUCCUCUUUCCUUUUGGGACUUUGCCUCCACAAAGAAACAGAACUUUGAUGCCGGUCUAUCGGUUCGAGAUAACUGAUUGCGCACCAAGAGCGGCACGCAAUGUUGGCAACAUUGGUAGCAAGGGGUCGUUCACACGAGCAAUUUCAUCGCCAACCUUUCUACUUUUUCUUUCUCUUCAAGCAUUUUUCUUCCUCGCGGGGUUCUCUCUUCAUCCAGGUUUUUUGUUUUUGCCGCGCGCUGCUCCCCGCCGCCCUCACCAAGCGCGCAGCCGCGCAGCGAAUCAGAAUUAUAACUUAAAAUGUCUCAAGUUUUCAAAAUUUUUCUGAAAAGUCUGAUGUGAAUGAAGGUAGCCGAUGGAAUUGCGAUCAUCAAAUCAUGUAAAUCUCUCUCCAUGGCCCAAAACAUUCAUUCUCAACUUAUUCGGGAAAAUCUUUUGGAGGAGAGAAAUGGAGAUUCUUUUCUCAAAAACAAGCUUGUGGAGUUGUAUGGGCGAUGUGGAAGCGUUGAAGCUGCACGCCGGAUGUUUGACGCAAUCAAGCACAAAGAUUCUUAUUCUUGGGUUCUUAUGCUCACAGCAUAUGCUCAAAACGGGCAUGUUUACCUGGCAAAGAAAGUAUUUGAUGCCAUGCCGUAUCACUGCCUUGUUUCAUGGACAGCAAUGCUGAGUGCCUUUGUGCGUUGUGGAGAUUUAAACCAUGCCAAGGAAGUUUUUGAUUAUAUGCAAGAGCGUAACAUCAUUACAUGGGUGGUUAUGCUCUCGGCAUAUGCCCAAUCCGGACAUAUCCACAAAGCUCAUGAAAUCUUUCAGAGAAUUCCGGAAUACAACAUGGUAUCAUGGACGGUUAUGAUUCGCACACUUUCUCAAGCCGGAUUAGUCCUGGAGGCUAAGCGCAUAUUCGAUUCUAUGCCAGAGCGGGACAUAGUUUCCUGGACUGGUAUCCUCACGGCAUAUGCUCAAAACGGGCAUCUGCAUGAAGCAAAGAACGUGUUCGAUACCAUGCCAGAAAGGAACAGAAUCUCCUGGAAUACAUUUCUGUCCGUGAACGCACAAAACUGCGGCUUGCAAGAAGCCAAGAUCGUAUUUUCUUCCAUGCAAGAGCGUUGUAUAGUAUCGUACAAUGAGAUGCUUUUUGCAUAUGCUAGACUGGGGCAUAUGGGUGAUGCGAAGUGCGUCUUUGAUUCCAUGCCUGAAUGGGAUCUUUUCUCAUGGAAUACAAUGCUUUACGGGUAUACAGAAUUAUCAAAACUGUACGAAGCGGGUGUUGUUUUCAAUUCAAUGUGCGAACGAGAUACCGUUUCGUGGACAACAAUGCUUACGGCAUAUACCCGAGCCGGGCAUUUGGAAGAGGCCUUUUGCAUAUUUCAGCAAAUGGAAAGAUAUGACCAGGUCACUUGCAAUUCGAUGCUGCUUGCAUUUUCCUGUAAAGGCUAUAUGCGUGAAGCUCUAAGGUUUUCCUUUCAAAUGGUAGAAAGAGACACAGUAUCUUGGAAUACAAUUUUGCUUGCAUAUGCCCAAUCUGGGCAUAGAGACACGGCAAGACGGGUUUUUGAUUCGAUGCCCGUGUCCGAUUUAGUAUCUUGGAACACCAUGGUUGCAGCUUAUGCCCAGAAAGGACAUUUCUUGGAGGCUGUGGAACUCUUUCAUCACAUACCUAUGACUGAAAAGCCAAAUGAGAUAACUUUUGUAGAGGUUUUGUUAGCAAGUACGCAUCAUGGGAGUGUUGCCAAUGGCCUCCACUACCUCCAAUCAAUGCAAUGUGACUACAAUAUAAAAGCAUCUAAGCAGCACUACUGUGAAAUACUUGAUCUUUUUGGAAGAGCUGGGCAUUUGGGCGAUGCCGAGCAAUUAAUCAAAAGCAUGCCGUUUGUCCCUGAGGAUUUGGACUGGACGUGCUUUCUGGCGGCGUGUAAGAAUCAGAAGAAUGUGAGACAUGGUUCUCAGGUGACACUUAUCUCAGAUAAUGGAGCAGCUUAUAUCUUACUCGCAAACGCCUGGUCCUGAUAGUGUUCUUAAUCCAGCAUCACUCUCGCUCGUUGUGAUCAUUUGAAGCUGGCCCUCCUCGACAUCUUGAUUUAGAUAGUUCUUAUGUUUACUACUAUUGUCAAAAUUUGUGGGCUGCUGGAUCUGGCCAAUCAACACCGUCAGAUGUGAUGUAACCCGGUAAAUAUCUGCACCCUUCUGAAAUAUUUUUGUGAGGUUUUGGGCCGGCCUGUGGGCGUGCGGCAUGGCCCAGGCCGGGGGAGGAGGUGUGAGUGACACCCAUCUGCUUGCAUGGCCUGGGAGGGAUAGAAAAGCUCUCCUUUUUUGCCACAGCUCCUCCUAGCCCCGGGGUUUCUAGGGGAAGCGGGAGAGGGGGCACCGCCCAGCAGCAAAGAUGGAUGCCCAUGCUCCAGGGUAUGUGGAGGAGCGGAGGCAGCCACUGCCCAGCAGCGACAAGGACAGGGGAUCGCUCAUGUGUUUUGCUUUUGCAGGGCCACAUGACUGUAUGUAAGUUAGCAUCUAUUGGCAGCUCAGCUGGGACAGGUUCAGCAAACCAAGCCCAAUGCAAGCUGUACAUCUUUGUGCUCUUUGUUCUCCCUCAACACAGCAAGGAAUGCGUGCGUUCUUAGUGGAAUUCUGCGGUUUCUCGGGUUUUUUCUGGGGCCUCACGUCAGAGAAACUCUGGCAGACAGGAAGAAUUGACUCAAGAACCAGCUCACUCUGCCGACAAAAGCUACAGCUCUCAGGACAAUAGAGUUGAUUUUUGGAAGUGCUGACAUCCGAGUGAGCUCAAGAGCUCUGCUGCAUGGCUACCUCUUCUAUGAGCCUGUGCUGUGGAAGUUCCUGUGCACAACAAGCAGUGACUUUCGAGGCAGUGCAUAUGGAGACUCAACCGUGAACUCUAGGCACUGGAAAGGCUGGUGGAUGGAUGUGGAAGGAUUCCAAACUUUUGCAUCAGCUCCAGAGCACAUGACGAUCAAGUGGUACAUCAUUCCAAAGAUGGAGUGGCUUUCUUCGGUGGUGAUCCAGGAAGACGAGGAGAGCUUUCUCCACAGUGUGCUCAGCAGCAAUGGACUGGUGGAUAUGGCUGCCAAAGUUGCCAAGGAAGUGAGCAAGAUGGACAGGGACAGGAUGAGAUGCUUCAUGGUGAUGGAGAUUCGUUGGCAAAGUGAUGAGUGUCACUGGAUUUGGAGUGACAAGCAGGGGUUUUUAUCAUCGAGGAUUCCUGGCCAGAUACCAAAGCUUAUAGUCCUCACAUCUUUGUUACAUCUUGGGGUCCAUGAAGCUGGAAAAGAAGAAGAGUGGAAAUCCGCUACUCCAUCCAUAUGAUGUUCUCAAGAUCUUGGAAGAUUUCCAAUGCUUGGAGAUGAUCACGAGAGUUUGGAAGUUUUCCAAAGAUCACAAGAGCUUUGAAGUUUUCCUUUUGCUGUUGGGUCAACCAAAAACUCCCUGUUUUUACAGUUCGAGCAGCAAAGUUUUUGAUCUUUAGGAAAGAUUCCACUCGCUGAAACACACUGAAAAAGUCCUCAUUAUAAUGUAAUGUGGAGGAAUGAUGAGCUGGAUCCAAAAGCCAGUGAGGCUCCAUGUUCCCACAAUUUAUACUGGGGCUAGGGUUUUCUCCUCUUUGGGCCAGCAUGUGACAGGAUGAUUCUCCAUUCAAGCUUGCAGAUCUGAGGUGCCACGCUCUUCCACAAUUCCUGGGCUGAUCAAUUGGAGUGCACGCCUUGCAAAUCCCAAUUUUGUGGAGGAAACAUGGUGUUCACAAUGAGGUAGCAAAAAUGUAAGUCUUGUGAGAAGACAAUAUAUCAGGUAACACACAUCAAUUGGCAACACUCAGUUGCAUCCAAAAGGUCAGUCUUUAUACUGUCUGUAUCCCUUAGUAAAAAUAUUUUGUUAUUUAUCUACCCUAAUAAUUGAAGAAACUGUUGAAAUUGAA